CUGUGCUCUCAAUCUCGCGCAGGAUCCGCUCGUGCUCUGCCGCUGUCUCCGCGCUCGCCAUCUUCCAUGUCCUCGCGACGCGCUCGAGAAAAUAACGCGCUGCGAGAGAGACGGGGAAAACACUGGAGCUUUUACUUCCGAUUACGAGUGUAAGGAGAGCAGCAGAAGUCCAAACAGAGCCAGUCCAAACAUCAACGCCAGAGCACCCGGAAGAAAGCGCACAAGGCGCCGACACACUUAAGAAAUCGAAAAACAGUGUAACGUCCUCAUGGUCUAAUCAUGGCACAGAUAUUUACUGUUUCUGACAAUGACUCCGAGUCUUCAGAUGACCAAGAGGACUCCCUCAAGACACAUAAAGAAUCACCGCAAAUAAAGCUGCACAUUACUGUUUCUGCCCGUCUGAAACGAGAACAACUGGCGAGACAAAGGAAUCGCUCGAUGAAUGAAGAGGACUUGCUAGAAACCGGAACAGGAGAGGAAGGUGAAAAGUUUGGAGGUGAAGCUUUUAGGCGUCGAACCCAUUCCGCUCCCCCUGCACUGUGGGCAGCUAAGAAAUACGGCCGGCAGCUGAGAAGAAUGAGUGAUGAGUUUGACAACCUUCAUGAUAAAGGGAUGAAGAAAGUGAGAAGUGCAGGAGCAGCACGUCAGAUGCACCCAUCCCCCAGCUGGUUGUCUUUCCUUUGGAGUCACAAAGAAUCUGAUGCGGAGUCGCGUCCCGCAGAGUGAUUGAAAGGGAACGUAUAAUGGACUACUGUACAUAACAACUGCUUGUAAAAGAAAAGGAUGCACUGCAUUGAAGAGAAGGAACAAUUUCACUGAUUGGAAACCUUUAUCAUGAACGUCACUGGUGGGACCCUUGACUAAAUGAAAAGUAUGAUCUGACUGGCAUGUGCGACGGAGAAAAUACCCAUAAUGGCGAUUACGCUUUUUUUUUUCUCUGGGAAGAUUAUGCAGAGAAUUUAUGACUCUGAGACCUUAAUAUCACCAUAUACAGAGCACAUACUUUCUGACACUUCUUUUUCAAAAAGUUACAUCAAGAUGACAAAAAUAGUCCAACUUUUAAGGGCUAAAGCCCUUUUGUUUAAAAGGUAGAUUAACAAAAAGCUGAAAUGAUGUAAUAGUUUUUAACAAAUCACAUCAAACUCUAAGAUGUUUUAUUUUUGCAUACAAAGUGUCUACUGAAUUUUUACCAAUAUUUUUAGACAAUUGUCUGUACAGCAACAAUGAACUUGAUAGCAUCUACAACGGCACACAAAGGAUUACUGUAAAAGGACUUUGACCACUUUGAGGACCCUUUCAUUUUUUAUUGGAGUGAUAAUAAUUUGCGAUGGUCUACCAAAGCAAAUUGACAAAACAACAAAAAUGGAUUUAAAUACCCACAACUACAUAUUUUUAAGUUCUUGAGAUCCAAAAACCAAGAAUAGGAGCGUCAUCGUAACUGGUAUUACUUGAAAAUGACAAAACCAUUUAUGAAUGUUUUUUAUUACUUUUCUUUGUAAUUUAAUGUUUUUACCUAGUAAUAUUAGAGCCUAAUAAAAUCCUUUUUACCCCAA